CUGGAGUGGCUGAAAGAGAUCAGUCCUAACCUGCCCAGCAGGAAUAACGGUCCUUCCUCCAACUAUUUCCCAGGCUUAUUAUAAUUUCGCAAGGAUCCUCGUUUUUCCACAUUACUAUUGCUUCAGACGGUUUCUUUUUUUAUUUUAUUUUUUUUACCUCAACUGAACUCUUUGAAAAGACAAACGUAAAUAAUAAGAUUCCUUAGAACUGUUGUCCAUUGAUGACCGUGAUUCCAUGAUUUAUAUUGAACCUGCGUGCUGCCGAUUCAGGGAGUCGAGUCCAUGCGCUCUACCGUCUGAUCCACGCUUAUCAAUGAAGCCGGAGAUCAUGGCGGAUGGCCCCAGGUGUAAGAGGCGAAAACAAGCCAAUCCCAGAAGAAAAAACGCAGUGCUGAAUUACGAGAAUGUGGUGGACGCGGGUUCGGAGACCGACGAGGACGACAGGCCGCUGGUCUCGGAGGAAGAGCAGUGCCUGCUCAACGGCGAGAGGGGGGCGGAGGGCAGCCCGGCGAGCGUGCCCAACCUGGAGGCGUCGCCGCGGGCGGGCCAGGCGCCCGUGAUGAAGGAGGAGGACGACGAGGAGGACCUGAGGGACGGCCGAGCGGACCACCUCUGGCACAACGGCGACGCGCUGCGUGCGUCGCUGGACGGCAACGAUGAAAUGAAAGAUGGGUAUGACACCAUGGGGUCUGAAGCCACUCUUGAGUCAAUUGGAAAUGGUACAGUCAAGAAUGUUGAUUGCGCUUCAGAGCUGGAGGAGUUCUUCAGCAAGCGGAAGCUGGAGGAGAGGGAGAACCACGCCGUCAGCAUCGAGGAGUACCUGCAACGCAGCGACACCGCCAUCAUUUACCCAGAAGCCCCUGAGGAGCUGGGCUCUCGGCUGGGCACGCCCGAGGCCAACGGCCAGGAAGAGAAUGACCUGCAGCCUGGAACCCCCGACGCGUUCGCCCAGCUGCUCACGUGCCCCUACUGCGACCGGGGCUACAAGCGCCUGACGUCCCUCAAGGAGCACAUCAAGUACCGCCACGAGAAGAACGAGGAGAACUUCACCUGCUCGCUCUGCAGCUUCUCCUUCGCCCACCGCGCGCAGCUGGAGCGGCACGUGGCCACGCACAAGCCGGACCGCGAGCAGCACCAACUGCUGACCCAAGGGGCUGGCAACCGCAAGUUCAAAUGCACAGAAUGUGGCAAGGCCUUCAAGUACAAACACCAUCUGAAGGAACACCUGCGGAUUCACAGCGGUGAAAAGCCAUACGAAUGCCCAAACUGCAAGAAGCGCUUCUCCCACUCGGGCUCAUACAGCUCUCACAUCAGCAGUAAGAAGUGCAUAGGCCUGAUCGCGGUAAACGGAAGGAUGCGCGGCGGUGUGAAACCAGGGUCCUCGCCCACCUCAGCCUCCUCCUCCCCCACUAACUCCGCCAUCACCCAGCUCCGGCACAAGCUGGAAAACGGCCGGCCCCCAAGCCUCCUCGACCAGGCCGGCCACCUUGACAUCAAGACCGAGCCGCUAGACUUCAACGACUAUAAGCUCAUGAUGGCCUCCCAUGGGUUUGGAGGGAUGUCGGGACCUUACGCCAACGGGAUGGGGAGCAGAAGUCCACUGGGCAUCCAUGGUACAGCCCAGAGCCCCAUGUCCCACCUGAGGUUGGGUAUGGACUCACCCCUGCUGGGCUACCCAGCUCUGGGGAACAACCUGAGUGAGGUGCAGAAGGUCCUUCAGAUUGUGGACAACACCGUGUGCCGGCAGAAAAUGGACUGCAAGCCGGAGGACAUCUCCAAGCUCAAGGCCUACAUGAAAGAGCUCGGAUCCCAAAUGGAGGAACAGAAGCAGGAGCUGAUGUCCUCUGGGGGUCCUCCAGGUGCACUUCCAGUGGUCAGCCCCAAUGGCACCACCAAAAGCAUCAUCGACUACACGCUAGAGAAGGUGAACGAAGCCAAAGCCUGCCUCCAGAGCUUGACCGCCGACUCCAAGAGACAGAUAAGCAACAUUAAAAAGGAGAAGCCCAAUCACGCGCUAGACUUCGGCAUGGAGGACAAGGGGCACGAGAGCAGCAUGAUGUUCACGCCUUUUUCUUGCCAGUAUUGCAAAGAAACCUUCCCAGGUCCAAUUCCCCUCCACCAGCACGAAAGGUACCUGUGCAACAUGAAUGAGGAGAUCAAGGCAGUUCUGCAGCCAAACGAACCCGCCGUGCCCAAUAAACUGGGGGGUAUUGGUGAGAAGCGCCCCUUUCUGCUCUCUUCCAUGCUAUCCGAAAAGGGGCCGGCAAGCCCCCUGCACCCCUACAGGGACCACAUGUCCGUGCUCAAAGCUUACUUCGCCAUGAACAUGGAGCCCAAUUCAGAGGAACUACUGAAGAUUUCCAUAGCAGUCGGCCUCCCUCAGGAAUUUGUGAAAGAGUGGUUCGAGCAGCAGAAAGUCUACCAGUACACCACCGCCAGGACCCCGCCAUUGGAGCGGAGCAGCGCAGAGGUGAUCCUGGCUGCUGCCAACUACACCCCUAGUAAAGACUCCAUGGCGGCCAGGUCACCCGUGUCUUUGGUCAAGCCAGCCGACCGCAUCACUUCACCUUCCAUAGCGGAGCUCCACAACAACGUCAACAACUGCGAUGCACCCCUCAGGAUCUCCAGAACCACCCAGCUGGCCAUCAGCAAAGUGGCAGGUGAUAAAUUGGACCACUCCAGGAGUAACACUCCGUCCCCUUUGAACCUUUCCUCCACGUCUUCGAAAAACUCCCACAGCAGCUCGUACACUCCUAACAGCUUCACCUCGGAGGACCUUCAGGCUGAGCCCCUGGACCUGUCAUUGCCAAAACACCUCCGGGAGCACCGGCACCUCCCGUCCUUGAAGAGCAGGCCCAAACCCAACAGCGUCUCUGUCGACCACAACAGCGUGCCCUCCUCUCGAGAGGAGCCUUUGAACUUGGCCUAUCUCAAGAAAGAGUUCGCUGGCUCUGUCAACGGCGGCGGCAACGGUCAUGGCCACAACCUGGACAAAAGCACUAGCCCCAUGUUCGGCAUUAACCCCUUCAGCGGGAAACCUCUGUACACGUCUCUCCCGCCGCAGGGCGCCUUCGCUCCGGCCGCUUUCAUGCCCCCGGUCCAAGCCAGCAUCCCGGGACUGAGGCCGUACCCAGGGCUGGAUCAGAUGAGCUUCCUACCACACAUGGCCUACACUUACGCGGCCGGCGCUACUUUCGCUGAGAUGCAGCACAGAAGGAAGUACCAGCGGAAACCAGGUUUCCAGGGGGAGCUGCUUGAUGCAACAGCAGAAUAUAUAUCAGGCUUGGAAGAUCUGACGGACCCUGAGUCCUGUCUGUCCCGGAAGAAGAUUAAGAAGACAGAAAGUGGUAUGUACGCGUGUGACUUGUGCGACAAAACUUUCCAGAAGAGCAGUUCCCUUCUAAGACACAAAUAUGAACACACAGGUAAACGGCCACAUCAGUGUCAGAUAUGCAAGAAGGCGUUCAAACACAAGCACCACCUUAUAGAGCAUUCGAGACUGCACUCUGGGGAGAAGCCGUAUCAGUGCGAUAAGUGCGGGAAACGCUUCUCCCACUCCGGCUCCUACUCCCAGCACAUGAACCACCGCUACUCCUACUGCAAGAGGGAGGCGGAGGAGAGGGAGGCGGCGGAGAGGGAGGCGCGAGAGAAGGGCCAUCUGGAGCCCACGGAGCUACUGAUUAACAGGGCCUUCUUACAGGGCAUCAAUCCUCAGGGCUUCUCCGACCUGGAGGACCGGAGCGACAUUAUGAGGGGCGGGACCGAGGGCGGGGCCAGAGAGCGUCAGACGGAAGUGGACGGAACGUACGCCAAGAUGGGCGGCGGGCGGGACGAGGAGUUUGAGUUUGAGGAAGAAGAGAGCGAAAUCAAAAGCAUGGACACGGACCCGGACACGCUGAGGGACGAGGAAGACAACGCCGAGCACUCCAUGGACGAUAGCUCGGUGGACGGGAAAACAGAAACCAAAUCAGACCACGAGGACAAUGUGGAGGACGGCGUGUGAUUUAACUACUGCGUUCGAAAGCUUCCCACCUUUCUUUUCCUUUUCGUUUGUUGGUUUAUUUGUUUGUUUGUUUUUGUUUCUUACUGUUGUUGUUAUUUCAGUUUUUUCCAGUAGUAUUUGUUACCUGCUUGGUUUCAAAAACACGCUGCUGUGUUUAAGCUGUACGUGCACGUGCCUGAAGCUUCUGAGAAGCUUGUAUUGACGGACCGGGUUUUGGGGGGUGGAGAUUCUGCCAAGAGAGAUAUUGAUUGAAGGUUGGGUUGUUUUGGGAAGGGGUGGAAGUGGCGGGGAGUGUUUUAAGAAGCUGCGAUAUGCAACAGAAGGAAAAAAAAAAAGGAAAAAAGAAAGAAAUUAAUUUUAAAAAUUGUACAGUAUUAAGGCCUAAAAUAUGUGUGGUGCUAACAUUCUAAAACCAUGUGUUUCAUCGUAUCUAUAGCACAAACUAGCCACUUGUACAAAUUGCACUCUGCUUCUAUUAUCACUACAAAAGUUUAAAAAAAAGUAUUGCUUAUGUAUAUUUAUACAGCUUUUUUUAAAAAUGCAGUAGUGUUUGCACUACAGUUUGUCAGUAUUAUUACUUAUCUACAACUUAAUGUGUUGUCUAGUUUGCCCUUUUUUCAGGCCAACUAACCACACUGUUCUAGGCCUCAGAAUUUGUAUAAAUGAAGUUAAACUUAUAUAAUACCAGUGUGAUUUUAAGAUAUUGAAGUCUUAAAAUGGCUGUGAAAUGAAGGAGUGAAAUGGCAUGAAGACUCAGAGGGGAGAGCAGUGUGUACAAUGAAGGAGAAAGCCUUUGUAAGGUGGUUUUUCAAUAAGAAAAAGCCUUAUAUGCAAACCUUUUAAUCUGUGUGUUUCUGCAAGUGCCAUCCCUGUACAGUGUAAUGGAAGGUGACGUGUGUUACCUGAACACCAGCUCCAGUAUUACGAAAUAGUUCACCUUGUUCUUUGAUGCACCCUUGUCAGUAUUAGACAAAUAGGCAGCAGUUUCUUAGUUUACAUGUUUGUGCAAUUUUCUGUAUUUUUUUCUUUAACUUUUGUCAGUAUUACACCAAACUUUUUUUUCUUUUUUUUAAAUUUUAUUUUGGAACAGCAAAAAUUGCAUUCAUUUUAUUUGUAGGUUAAAUAACAUUUUAUUUAUGUGGCUCAUUUUGUAUUUCCUAAUUUUAUUUAUUUCAUACUGUAGUGUACAGUAUAAUAGUUCUUCAAUAUAUAGAUAUAUUUUAGUAAAAAGGAACAUGGCGUUGACGAUUGGAGCAGAUUUUACGUAAAGAGAACAUUUAUUGUGUUUUGAAACAUUAAUUGUGAAAUGCAAAUUUUCAAUUUUGUUAUAUUAAUUGUUCUGUUUCUUUUAUUUUCCAGUUACUGGAAAUUCCAAAUUUGGGAUCUUUUGAUACAAUAUUGUGAAAACACUGUAUUUUCAACUGAAAAAAAAAUGAAAAAAAUUCCACUUUCUUCAUUUUUUAGCUAAAAAUGAAGAGGGACUGUUAAAAUACAAUGUAUGUUGCCAUGAAAGAAAAAAAAAAAUGUUUCCUGAUAUGUCUUUGUAAAAGUAUUAUUGAAUUUUUAAUUUGUAAUUCUUUCUUGGAAAUGACCAUGCUCGAAUAAAAUUAGCCAAAUUUAA